UGGGUACGGAAAUAGCCCAGGCGGUGCCGGGUUGAGCACCAGCUGGUCAUCGCUUGGUUAUCUAAGGCCAGAUGUGAAGCGGUUUCAUCACGAGGAAGCACGUCCAACAGCUGGCGGCUCUGCUAUCUCCCCACGUCCGGGGCAGGGUUCGGUGACCUUGGCGAUAGGCGCGAUGACUCAGCGUCGGGUGCCGGCGCGCCGCCGCCCCGCCGCCGCGGCACGGACCACUGCAGUGGGAGAGGGGCUGGUGACGGGAGCGUCACACGCCCUGCUCAUCUAACUAUUGUGCAGAAGAGAGAAGUGCAGCGCUGUGUUCUUCGCCAGACCUGUCUGAAACUCGUGUGACCUGAUCACGGUGUGUCAGCCAUGUUGUCGACGGUUCUCGGCUGGCUCGGCUGGCUGGCAUCCUUGGUGUUCAGCCCGGUUACGAUAGGUCUCGUGGUGCUGCUCCUGACGCUGAUCUACCGCUAUCUGACGCGCCACAAGAACUUCUGGAAAGGGAAGGGUGUCGCCAACAAGCCGUACCGCUUCCCCAUGGGAAAUGUCGGAUUCGACUUCUACAAGUUUCAGGAAGGCUGUCAAAACCUGUAUGAUGAGACAAAAAGCGCUGGAGGAUGUAUGGCCAUGAUUGACUGGCUUGGACCUGCGCUUUCGGUCAGCGAUCCAGAAAUGCUGAAGAACAUUCUGGUCAAGGACUUCGAGACAUUUCCAGUGAGACAGCCUACCUCGUUCAACUCAAGCCACGGGAUUUUCUCGAGCAUGAUAACCAACCUGACGGGUCAGCAGUGGAAAGAUGUCAGGAGUAUUUCCACUCCCACCUUUUCCACAGGCAAAAUUCGUGGCAUGACAGCUAUUUUGGAAGAGCUCUCAAACACCCUUGCGGACCAGAUGUUCAAGGAGUCCCAGAAAGACGGAGAGAUCAACGUCAAAGACGUGUUUGCGAGAUACACCAUGGAUACCAUAGCAUCGGUAGCUUUCGGACUGGAAGCUGACUCAAUCCGCAAUCCAGAAUCAGCCAUCGCAAAGAAAGCUGUGCUGCUGAGGACCCCUCCAUCCUUGUUCAGGAUUAUUCUUUUCAUGAGCAUCAUGUACCUGCCGUCCUUUAUAAAGAAUCGGUUUGACCUCACCUCUAUGAUGCUGUCGAAUGACGCCCUGGACUUCUUCGUCGACAUCGCAAAGCGAGCAAUCAAGGAGCGAGAAGAACACCCAGAACGUCGUCGCAAUGACUACCUUCAGCUGCUUAUCGACUCGCGCAGCGACAAAAGUCAGACACGGAAGCUCACCGACGACGAAAUCACGGCUCAGUGUCUUCUGUUUUUCUUCGCCGGGAACGACACCACAUCAAACUCUCUGACGUGGGCAGCGCGUGAGAUCGCUUUUCACCCGGAGGUGCAGGAACGCAUCCAGGCUGAGAUAGACGAGGUGCUGACGUCCGACGACACCCCCAUCGACUUUGACAAGGUCAACAGCGGCAUGCCGUACCUUGAGAGCGUUGUCAUGGAGACCCUAAGGAUGUAUCCGGGGAUGCAGUUGACUCGCGCCUCGACUCGUGAUUACACCAUCCCUGGGACGGACGCGGUUCUGCCGGCCAACAGCAUGGUGUACAUGAUGCCGUACGCCAUGCAGCGCGACGCAGAUCUCUACCCGAACCCGGAUUCCUUCGACCCGGAGCGGUUCUUGUCUAAUGGCAAAGAGCUGCGCAACUCGUACACCUACCUGGCCUUCGGUCAGGGACCGCGCAACUGCAUCGGCAUGCGGUUCGCGCUGCUGCAGGCAAAGGUGGCACUGGUGGCGCUGCUGAGGAAGUACUCGCUGGUGACGGGCCCCAAGUCCGGAGAGGUGAAACCGGUCCUGAACCCUGGGUUCGCGCAGACCCAGGAGAAGGAUGGAACCUGGCUCAAGAUCGUUCGUCGCUGAUCAGUGGAAGCUAUGAGGGGCUGUGGCCGUGGGUGAACAUAACAUCAUGCACGGUCAAUGGGCUGUGCAGAAAGUGAUUCAUAAAGUUUUCUGAUUAGAUGAUAGCCCUGUCAGCUGGUAUCAUUUGCUAAGCUGUCUUUCUUGGGUAAAGGAUUGGGGGUCAUUAUGGCGAUAUUCCUAAUCAAGGAGUGGUUGACGUAAAAUGUUUUUGGGAUGAUGCACAUGUAGUGCAUACUGCAUAUACAAUGAGAGAAUACAAUGUAUGUAAAAGAA